AUGUCAAAUAAGGAGUGUGAUCUAGAGGUGCCCAUUCCCAACGGAAAGGAGCUUCGCUUUCGAUGCGGCGUGCGAGGAUGUCAUGCGUCCGGAAAGUCCUACUCGAUGGUCACUAUUUACGACCACCUCGCAAGGCACUACGCUCAUCAUACUAUGUCCAACGAUCAUUUCAACUUCCGAUGCACGAAAUGCGGCUUGUACUACUACCAGUAUGGAUUGACGAUAUCGUGUGCUUGCACAGAGUGUAGUGACACCGAAAAUGAAUGCGUCCAACUAGGAACAGGUUAUUCUCGUCCAGUUGCUCACCGGCACGUCGACUUUUACGGGUACGUGAAACUCCACGCUGUGCCUGUGUUUGACAUGAAGGAAGCUAAUCGAACGGAACGAAGCAAUCUCUUAUCAACUCCGGAAAGAGCCGAAGAAGUCGAGUCGGCCAUAAUGAGGUCCCCUAUCGAGUACAACGACGGAACUCGACGAACACCUCUAAUCGACGACGAGGAUGAGGACUACGACAACCCUCAGCGUGUGGACAAUCUCCCACUACUUAAACCACCAGUGGAGUCAUCGCCCCACUCAUCUUCUGAAAUGAGACGUGGUAAUGAGUUUGGUUCUACCACAGCGAGUCGACCACCUUGUCCACCAACACCUGGACCUACGCCUGUACCUUAUCCGCCGCCACUACUAACUUUUGCUGGAUUUUCGCAGUUGAACUUCCCAUGCGGAGUCCUACCAUUUACGACAAUGCCAAACCCACAGGCACCAUACGCUGAUCGAUCUGGUUCAAACACAUCGACAGCGCAACUAAAUCCAGCGAGUACUUCGGUACGGAAUCCGCGUGAACGUAAAGGUGGCACGAAAUUCAUGGAAACUCUUCCACAUAUGACUCCUAUGAAACCUGGCGUCCUGACGCCAAGGAGAAAGCGGCGGUCAUCACGACGUGAGGAUUCUGAUUCGAAUUAA